AUGGAGUUCGACAGACUUGUGACGAAGGACAGUGAUCUGGUUCGCGGCGCGCUUGUGGUGGGCGUCGUGGUCCUAUUGAUCACCGUCCUGUAUCCAAAGCUCCACCAUGGCGGGGAGCUGGUCAAUGACAGGAAAGGGUAUGAACUUCUCUGGACGAAUGCGAAGAAGCGUUUUCAGCUUGGUGCGCGAGGGAUUCUGGCUGCGGCUUUUGAAAAACACAAAAACGCAUUCUAUAUGGUCACUGACAAUGGCAUUGAAAUGAUCGUGAAUCCAAAAUACGCGCAUGAAAUUCGCAACGACGAAAGAUUUAGUAUUGCUGCGUAUAAUGAACAGUCGUUCCAUGGCACGAUACCAGGAUUUGAAAUAUUCAAGCAGAACGUUGUGGAAGAACGACUGUUCAUCAACGCAGUUCGGAAUAAAUUGACCCGAUCUCUUGGGAAAGUACUUGGAUCAAUCUCGAGCGAAGUCGACGAUGCCUUACAAAAACAUUGGUCUGAUAACAAAGAAUGGCACAGCAUUCCUUUGCAUGCGACAAUUCUCCCCAUCAUCGCGCAGCAGUCAUCCAGAGUGUUCUUGGGUGAGGAGCUGUGUCACAAUGCCAACUGGCUACGCAUUACAGUGAAUCACACGAUCAGCUUUUUCACAGCGGUGGAGGCGAUGCGUGUGUGGCCCAAGUGUCUGCGACGCCUGGCAGCAAGAUUUUCACCAAUGUGUAAAAACCUUCGCGCAGAGAUUCAAGAGGCCCGGAACAUCAUCACACCGGUCCUUGAAACAAGAAGAGCCCAGCGAGCGGAGCUUUUGAAUCAGGGAAAAGAUCCGAAGGAAUUCAAUGAUCUGAUUGAAUGGCUAGAGGAGCUGUCCGGUGGGCAGUCCUAUGACCCUGCACGUGCCCAGCUGAAAAUCUCCGUGGCUGCGAUACACACGACGUCGGAUUUGCUCACACAGACUCUCUUCAAUAUCGUGGGUAACUCGAAGUUGAUCGAAGAUCUUCGUGAAGAAAUUAUCUCCACCAUUAACACAUAUGGCUGGCAGAAGUCCGCAAUUUAUAAUUUGAAACUGAUGGACAGUGUUCUUAAAGAGACCCAGCGGUUGAAGCCCAUUUCCAUCGGCACAAUGGUUCGUGUUGCUUUGGAGGAUGUCCAACUGUCCGACGGAUUAGAGAUUCCCAAAGGAACUAAAACUCUGGUUUCGUGUCACAACAUGUGGGACCCUGAUGUCUAUGAUAAUGCCGACGAAUUCAACGGUUAUCGGUUUUACAAGCUACGGAAGCUUCCUGGACAGGAAAAUUCGGCACAACUGGUCUCCACGAGCGCUAAUCACUUCGGAUUUGGUCAUGGCAUGCAUGCCUGCCCUGGCAGGUUCUUUGCUGCCGCCGAGGUCAAAGUGACCUUAUGUCAUAUUUUGCUGAAGUACGAUCUCCGGCUGGUGGGUGAUCGUCCAAAUGUGAUUGAGCACGGUGUUGCCCAGUAUGCCAAUACGUGGGGGCCGCUCGAGAUUAAACGACGAAAAGAGGAGAUUUCGGUGUAA